AUGGCAAAGGGCACUACCGUCAACUGGGACAGCCAGGAGACCUGGCAGCGUGUCGUGGCUAGUAUUAUCGCCACUGGCAUCAAGAUCGACUAUCGCCAGGUCGCUCUGCACUUUGACACCACGUACGACACUAUCGAGAAUCGUUUCCGCAAAAUCAAGAAGGAGGCGGCGGUCCUCAAGGAAGAAGUCGAGCGCGGAGAUCGUGGAGAGAACGCCGGUGGCCGGAAGUCUGCCCCCGCCACCCCGCGUAAGCCAAAGACACCCAAGAAGGACCCCCUCAGCACCGUCGAGAAUGGCCGUGUUGCCAAGGUCACCCCCAAAUCUGCCGCCAAGCGCACCGUCAAGCAGGAGGUCCUCGAGGAGGACGCCUUUCCCGAUCUGCCAGAUGUCGGCACAGGCUUGGCUACCGAGUUCGCUGUCAACGACGAGUUCUUCCCCUUGACUUGA